AUGCAUUCGCCGUCGCGUUCGGAAAACGGUGAUAGUGACGGAUCUGCGUCGUUUCAUGGAUUCGAAGAAGGAAUUACUAUGAAUCCCGAGUGCCGUCAGCGCUCACAAGUGAAACAAAAGUUGGUGCGGAUUCAACGUACACUUAUCACUAAUUCUAAUAUUGGAUUGGCACAAUUAAAUGUGCUGUCGAAAAAUCUGUCUGCUGUAUAUUCGGAGUACAGUGGAUUCCACAGUAAGGUACUUUCCUUUGUAUCGGACGAUGCUUUGGAUCAGCAAGAAGAGGAAUAUGCUGGGUUCGAGAGCAUAUAUUAUGACGUGUGCAAUGCCGUAGAGGAGUUACUUUUGGCAGCAAAGAAUACAGCGGUGCCAGAGUCUCCAAUAAACCAACCAGCUCAACCAGUUAUUAUUCAACAGCAACCAUUAAAGAUGCCAAUUCCAACAUUUGACGGAAGUUAUGCCGCAUGGCCGAAGUUUAAGGCUAUUUUUAAUGAUCUGAUGGCAAACUCCGGGGAUACAGAUGCAAUUAAGCUAUAUCAUCUUGAUAAAGCGCUUAUUGGAAAUGCCGCCGGAGCUCUGGAUGCUAAAAUUCUGAGUGAAGGUAAUUACAAACAAGCCUGGGAUGUACUUAUGGAUCGCUACGACAACAAGCGUGCGAUUAUCGAGACUCAUUACCGCGGAUUGUUAUCCUUGAGAGACAAUGUCAUCACCAUCGUAUAA